AUGUCCACCUCCAUGGGAGGCCCUGCCCUGCUGUGGACAGCAUUGCUGCUCUUUUCUCCAGAUGGCAUGCCAGCAGCCGCCUGGAAAUCUACAUUGUCCUUGAAUCCACCAUGGAACAGAAUAUUUCAAGGAGAGAAUGUGACUCUUAGAUGUAACGGGAACAAUUCCCUGGAAGUUAACUCCACGAAGUGGAUCCACAACAAGACCAUGCUAGCAGUGACAGCUCCAAGGUUGGACAUUGUGCAUGCCACAUUCCAGGACGGCGGGGAAUACAGAUGUCAGAGCAAAAACCUUAUCCCAAGUCAACCGGUGUAUCUAGAAGUCUUCAGCGAUUGGCUGCUGCUUCAGUCCUCUUCUGAGGUGGUACAGGAGGGUGAGUCCUUCCUCAUCAGGUGCCAUGGUUGGAAGAAUAGAAAUGUCUUCAAGGUGAUUUACUACAAGGAUGGCAUAGCACUGAAGUACUGGUAUGAGAACUACAACUACUCCAUUACCAAUGCCACCACAAAAGAUAGCGGCAACUAUCACUGCACGGGCAAAAUUUGGCAGAUAAACCAUACCUCGGAAUCCCUCAAGAUAACUGUAAAAAAAGAUUCCUUUCACCAAAGCAGCAACUACUCAUGGCAACUCCUUAUCCCACUUUUGGUAGCCAUCCUGUUUGCUGUGGACACAGCACUGUUCAUCUCAACCCAGAAGCAGUUUGCAUUCAUCUUGAAGAUCAAGAGCACCAGGAAAGGCAACAAACGUAUGGACCCACAGCCGCAGCCCAAGCCAACGCCCCCGAAGUGA